CUUUUUGUCAGGGCGGAAUUCGCGGUCAUAGCGAUUAACAGCAUCAGCAUACAUUGGGUUCAGGGUCAAGGCGUUAGAGGGCAAGAUAACCAUGUGGGCACCGGCGAGUGCGCACUUUAGUCUAUUAGACUGGUCUCCUCUUCUCCAUCGGGUCGGGUGGCUAUUAUCCAUGGGCGCACUUCAUGUGUCGUCUUUUUCUACUAUUUUGCAUAGGUAUAGGCAUGGGCAUAGGCAGGCUGGGGACUGGGUGGUUUGCUUUGUUAUCACCACUCGAACUUGUCGUCUGGUGUUUUCUUUGUUAUCCAUCAUCUGUGUACCAACCAAUAUACUCCACUCCAUGGGGACACAUGUGUAUGCUUACGACGAUCGCUUUUCAUAAGAGAUUGGUGGCUAUAAAUAACAUGCUCGUCUACCUCCACUAUACUUCAUUUGAAAUUGGACCCUGGUGAAAUCAGCCUACCCAAGAGAAUUGUACAGUGAUGUGAGACAACAACAACGCAUAUAAGGACAAGCCUAGAGGUCGA